AUGUCUGGCUGGAACUCCGGCGAGGCAGAUACCUGGAAUACCGGUGAAGCAAGCAGCUGGAAUGACAACAAUGGUGCUGGUUUCGCUGACGAGAAUGUCAACCCAAUCAGCUCCGCCCCUGCUGGAGACUUCGGCGAGAGCAAAUGGGGCGGUGAUCACUCUGGUGGUCAGUUCGAGCCUACCUCCGGUGCUGGUGAAGAGGGCAAUGACAAUAAGUGUCGCAAUUGCGGAGGUGAUGGUCACUUUGCGCGUGAAUGUCCUGAACCUCGUAAGGGUAUGGCUUGCUUCAAUUGCGGCGAGGAGGGUCAUUCCAAGGCAGAGUGCACCAAGCCGCGUGUGUUCAAAGGUCCUUGCCGUAUCUGCAGCAAGGAGGGACACCCGGCUGCGGAGUGUCCUGAUAGACCCCCUGAUGUGUGCAAGAACUGCCAGUCCGAAGGUCACAAGACUAUCGAGUGCACCGAGAAUCGCAAAUUCGAUCUGAACGAUAUCCCCGACAAGCUUCCCGAGGAGGCCUGGGCUGCCCUCAAGAAGGCUAGUGACGAGAGAGAUCUGGAGGACUUCCGUGAGGGCCUCAAGGUCUAUGCCAAGGCGGUUCCUCAGGCCACUUUUGUGGAUAUUGAGAAGAAAAUGCGUGAGGAUAAUUUCAACAUUUACCUGAUUGCCAUGGAGAAGCCAGUCGGCGACAGCAUCAGCUUGAUCAACCUUCAGGGCAAGUUGAACUGCAAGUACGUCGUUGCGUUCUACUUUAGCCCUAAGCCGCAGCGCGCGAACCUCAAGGAACGCUGGCCCGCCGACCCUGAAGAGAACCUUGAGCGCCUUGAGGACGCUGGCUUCCCUUACGAUAGACAAAUUCCCAAGUGCAAUAACUGCGGUGAAAUGGGUCACACUGCUCGUGGUUGCAAGGAAGAGCGUGCUCUGGUGGAGCGGGUCGAAGUCAAAUGUGUCAACUGUAGCGCCAGUGGACAUCGUGCCCGUGACUGCACUGAGCCUCGCGUCGACAGGUUUGCUUGUCGUAACUGCGGAUCCCCGGAACAUAAGGCAGCCGACUGUCCCAAUCCCCGCUCUGCUGAGGGUGUCGAAUGCAAGCGCUGCAAUGAGAUGGGCCACUUUGCAAAGGAUUGUCCUCAGGCACCUGCCCCUAGAACCUGCCGCAACUGCGGAUCUGAGGACCACAUGGCGAGAGAUUGUGACAAACCUCGCGAUGUGUCAACCGUGACUUGCCGUAAUUGUGACGAAGUUGGACACUUUAGCCGUGACUGCCCCCAGAAGAAGGACUGGUCCAAGGUCAAAUGCAACAACUGUGGUGAAAUGGGCCACACCAUCAAGCGCUGUCCACAGGCUGCCACUGAGAGUUUCGGGCAGGACAACAACGACAUCCAAGACAAUGCCGCGGGCGAUGAUUGGAAUACCGCUGCCCCCGUCAGCAAUGAAAAUACUGACGGAGAUGCCGAAGCGGGCGGUUGGUCGGGCGGUGGUGGUGGAUGGUAG